AGGGGACUUGUGGCCACCACAGGUGCAGGGAGCAGUUCCUCUCCACGCAAGGCCUGAAGCGUACCGAACAGGGGCUGUCCCCAGGCCCGACAACCAAAGGACCCAGCAGUGAGGGCCAGUGGAGCCCAUCUCCGGCAGGGCUGGGCAGGAAGUGGGGCGGGGUUUGGGGUGGGAUCUGGUACCCCAGGACUGCUGCGGCUCAGACUAACCAACCCACUGGGAGAAGAUGCCUGGAGGUUCAGGAGUCCUCCAAGCUCUACCUGUCACCAUCUUCCUCUUCUUGCUAUCUGCAGCCUACCUGGGCCCUGGGUGCCAGGCCCUGUGGGUGCACAGGGGCCCACCAUCGGUGACGGUGAGCAUAGGGGACGAGGCCCUCCUCACAUGUGAACACAAUGGCAGUAAACCCAACGUUACAUGGUGGCGUGUCCUCCACGGCAACUACACAUGGCCGCCUGUGUUCGUGGGCCAGGGCCAGGGAGCCAAGGGCGAGCUGACCAUCCAGAACGUGAACAAGAGCCACGGGGGCAUAUACCUGUGCCGCGUCCAUGAAGGCGAGAAACUGUACCAGCAGUCCUGUGGCACCUACCUUCGCGUGCGCCAGCCACCCCCCAGACCCUUCCUGGACAUGGGAGAGGGCACCAAGAACCGCAUCAUCACAGCCGAGGGCAUCAUCCUCCUGUUCUGCGCCGUGGUGCCAGGGACGCUGCUGCUAUUCAGGAAACGAUGGCAGAACGAGAAGUUCGGGUUGGAUGCCCAGGAUGACUAUGAAGAUGAAAAUCUUUAUGAAGGCCUGAACCUCGACGACUGCUCCAUGUAUGAGGACAUCUCUCGGGGCCUUCAGGGCACCUACCAGGAUGUGGGCAGCCUCCACAUCGGGGGAGACGUCCAGCUGGAGAAGCCAUGACGCCCCCCACCCCCUCACUCUUGGAC